CCAUAGACCCGGCCGGCGGGGACCGCGCACGCUCGCGACCGGUGGCCCGCUGGCUUUGCUACCUGGCACCUGAACGAGUCCGAGACGGCGAAGGCUCUUGAGUUCAUAUUGAGAGAAUAGUCUUACAUCAAAAGAAGAAAAAGUGGUUCCGUCUUUGGGAGUGCCCUCUUCUUGUUCAUCGCUGUGAGUGCCUGGGACUCGCUUCUGACUCAGUGGAUCUACGGAACUUCCAGUAUGUUUCCUGGAGCGGCGUAGUGCUGCUCUGCCUGGCAGAGGAGUCUCUGGUCUCGGCUUCAGGCUGCAGGAGCGACCAUGGCAGCCUCCAGGCCGGCCUCACGGUCCCCUCGCGACAUUGCCAAUGUGAUGCAGAGGCUCCAAGAUGAGCAAGAAAUUGUACAGAAACGUACUUUCACAAAAUGGAUCAACUCUCAUUUGGCCAAGCGGAAACCCCCAAUGGUGGUAGAUGAUCUUUUUGAAGACAUGAAAGAUGGUGUUAAGCUACUUGCUCUUCUGGAGGUCCUGUCCGGGCAGAAGCUGCCUUGUGAACAAGUGCGCCGAAUGAAGCGAGUCCAUGCUGUGGCUAACAUAGGCACGGCUCUCAAGUUCCUUGAAGGAAGGAAGUCCAUGUACAGAGGAUCACCGAUUAAAUUAGUCAACAUCAACUCCACUGAUAUAGCUGAUGGCCGACCCUCAAUAGUUCUGGGAUUAAUGUGGACCAUUAUUCUAUAUUUCCAGAUUGAGGAGCUGACCAGCAACCUUCCACAGCUGCAGUCCUUGUCCAGCAGCACGUCCUCUGUGGAGAGCAUGGUCAGCUCGGAGACCGCCAGCCCCCCCAGUAAGCGGAAAGUGGCCUCCAAGACCCAAGGAAAUGCGAAGAAGGCUUUAUUAAAGUGGGUUCAGCACACAGCAGCCAAGCAGACUGGAAUAGAAGUGAAAGACUUUGGGAGGAGUUGGAGAAGUGGUGUUGCCUUUCAUUCAGUCAUCCAUGCCAUUCGACCAGAACUAGUGGACUUGGAGAAUGUGAAAGGGAGAUCUAACCGAGAAAACCUGGAGGAGGCUUUCACCAUUGCUGAAAUGGAACUGGGAAUCCCAAGACUACUAGAUCCAGAAGAUGUUGAUGUGGAUAAACCAGAUGAGAAGUCUAUUAUGACCUAUGUAGCCCAGUUUCUGAAACAUUAUCCUGACAUCCACACUACGGGCACUGAUGGGCAAGAGAAUGAUGAAAUAAUUCCAGAUUUCCCAUGUUUUGCAAAUUCUUUCCAAAAUUUUAAGAGAGAAGACAGACUAAUUUUGAGGGAAAUGAAAGUUUGGAUAGAACAAUUUGAAAGAGACUUAACAAGGGCACAGAUGACAGAAUCAAAUUUGCAGGACAAAUAUCAGUCAUUUAAGCACUUCAGAGUUCAAUAUGAAAUAAAAAGGAAACAGAUUGAACAUUUAAUACAACCGUUACAUAGAGAUGGUAAAUUAUCACUUGACCAAGCAUUGGUGAAACAAUCCUGGGACAGAGUGUCGUCCAGGCUCUUUGAUUGGCAUAUACAGCUUGAUAAAUCUCUCCCUGCACCUCUGGGCACCAUAGGUGCUUGGUUAUACAGAGCAGAGGUGGCCCUGAGAGAGGAGAUAACCAUUCAGCAGGUCCAUGAGGAAACAGCCAACACAAUACAACAGAAACGUGAGCAACACAAGGAUCUGCUUCAAAACACAGAUGCCCACAAAAGAGCAUUCCAUGAAAUCUACCGGACCAGGUCUGUUAACGGGAUCCCAGUGCCACCUGAUCAAUUAGAGGACAUGGCUGAGAGGUUUCAUUUUGUUUCCUCCACAUCAGAGCUACACUUAAUGAAAAUGGAAUUUCUAGAAUUAAAGUACCGUCUGCUCUCACUGCUGGUUCUUGCAGAGUCAAAGCUGAAGUGUUGGAUCAUCAAGUAUGGGAGGAGAGAGUCAGUGGAGCUGCUGCUUCAAAACUACGUUUCUUUUAUAGAAAACAGCAAAUUCUUUGAACAGUAUGAAGUGACAUACCAGAUCUUGAAACAGACGGCUGAGAUGUAUGUCAAAGCUGAUGGUUCAGUGGAAGAGGCUGAGAAUGUGAUGAAAUUCAUGAAUGAAACCACCGCACAAUGGAGGAACCUCUCAGUAGAAGUUAGGAGUGUGAGGAGCAUGCUGGAAGAAGUAAUUGCUAACUGGGACCGAUACGGCAAUACUGUGGCCAGUCUUCAGGCCUGGCUAGAGGAUGCUGAAAAAAUGCUAAAUCAAUCAGAACAUGCCAAAAAGGAUUUUUUUCGCAAUUUGCCUCAUUGGAUACAGCAGCACGCUGCCAUGAAUGAUGCUGGCAAUUUUCUAAUUGAAACAUGUGAUGAGGUUGUUUCCCGUGAUCUUAAACAGCAAUUACUGUUGCUAAAUGGGAGAUGGAGGGAGUUGUUUAUGGAAGUCAAGCAAUAUGCUCGAGCUGAUGAGAUGGAUAGAAUGAAAAAAGAAUACACAGAUUGUGUUACUACCCUGUCUGAUUUUGCAACUGAAGCCCAUAGGAAACUUUCUGAACCCUUAGAAGUCUCUUUUCUUAAUGUUAAGUUACUAAUUCAAGACUUGGAGGAUAUUGAGCAGAGGGUGCCAGUAAUGGACGCUCAAUACAAGAUGAUUACAAAGACAGCGCACCUCAUUACCAAAGAGAGCUCCCAAGAAGAAGCUAAUGAAAUGUUUGCAACCAUGUCUGGGCUCAAAGAGCAGCUAACCAAGGUCAAAGAAUGUUCCUCCCCACUCCUUUGUGAGUCUCAGCAGCUGUUGAUACCUUUGGAGGAAUUAGAAAAGCAGAUGACCUUCUUUUAUGACUCACUUGGGAAAAUCAAUGAAAUUUUAACCAUUCUGGAGCGUGAGGCACAAUCUAGCACUCUUUUUAAACAAAAAAAUCAGGAACUGCUGGCAUGUCAAGAAAGCUGUAGGAAAACCAUGACACAAAUUGAGAAAAGUAGUCAGAAUGUACAAAAGUUUGUGACCUUGAGCAAGUUGCUACAGCAUUUUGAUCAGAAGAGGCUACAGAGACAGAUUGCAGAUGUUCACGUCGCUUUUCAGAACAUGGUAAAGAAAACCGGAGACUGGAAGAAGCAUGUGGAAACCAACAGUCGCUUGAUGAAGAAGUUCGAGGAGUCUCGAGCAGAGCUGGAGAAGGUGCUGAGGAUGGCUCAGGAGGGCCUGGAGGAAAAGGGGGAUCCGGAAGAGCUCCUGAGAAGACACACCGAGUUUUUCAGCCAGCUGGAUCAGCGGGUGCUCAACGCUUUCCUGAAAGCUUGCGACGAGCUCACCGACAUUCUCCCUGAGCAGGAGCAGCAGGGCCUGCAGGAAGCUGUUAGGAAGCUCCAUAAACAGUGGAAGGACCUUCAAGGAGAAGCCCCGUAUCAUCUGCUUCAUCUGAAGAUUGAGGUGGAAAAGAAUAGAUUCUUAGCUUCUGUAGAAGAAUGCAGAAUGGAGCUGGAUCGAGAAACCAAGCUGGUACCCCAGGAAGGCAGUGAAAAGAUUAUUAGAGAGCACAGGAUUUUCUUCAGUGACAAAGGUCCUCAUCAUCUUUGUGAGAAAAGAUUACAGCUCAUUGAAGACCUGUGCCUGAAACUCCCAGUCCGGGACCCAGUAAGGAGCACACCUGAGACAUGUCAGGUGACUCUCAGAGAGCUCAGAGCUGCCAUCGACAGCACCCAUGCGAGGCUGGCGGAAGACCCAGACAAGUGGAAGGACUACAUGAACAGAAUUUCUGAGUUCUUAUCUUGGAUAUCUGCAAAGGAGAUGCAACUGAUGAGAAUUAAGAGUGAGGCGAUCAAUGCUACCAACCAUGGAGAGGUUGGACGCACUGUAGAGGAGAUCAGAAAUGGUGUUACCAAAAAAGGCGAGAUGCUCAGCUGGCUAAAAUCCAGGCUUAAAAUUUUGAUUGAAGUUUCAUCUGAGAAUGAAGCCCAACAGCAAGGAGAUGAGCUGGCAAAGUUAUCUAGUUCCUUCAAAGCUCUCCUAACUUUGUUGUCAGAGGUUGAAAAGAUGUUAAGCAACUUUGGAGACUGUGUCCAGUACAAAGAAAUUGUCAAAAGUUCCCUUGAAGACUUAAUUUCUGGCUCUCAAGAAGUCCAGGAGCAAGCCGAGAAAAUCUUGGACACUGAAAAUCUGUUUGAAGCACAGCAGUUACUUCUUCAUCACCAGCAAAAGACAAAGAGGAUCUCUGCGAAGAAAAGGGACCUGCAGCAGCAGAUUGCGCAGACGCGGCCGGGAGCCGGCGGGCUGCCCAGCCAGGGCCGAGAGGAGCUGCGGAAGCUGGAGAGCAGCCUGGAGAGCAUGGAGCACAGCAGGGAGAGGCAGGAACGUCGCAUCCAGGUCACAUUAAGAAAAUGGGAGAGAUUUGAAACAAACAAAGAGACAGUGGUCAGAUACCUUUUUCAAACAGGUUCGAGCCACGAACGCUUCUUGAGUUUUAGCAGUUUGGAAAGCUUAUCUUCAGAAUUGGAACAGACAAAGGAGUUUUCUAAACGAACAGAAGGAAUUGCAGUCCAGGCUGAAAAUCUUGUGAAGGAAGCUGCAGAUAUACCACUUGGGCCCAAGAAUAAGCAGCUGCUUCAGCAACAGGCCAAGUCAAUCAAAGAGCAAGUCAAAAAAUUAGAAGACACGCUUGAAGAAGAUAUUAAAACCAUGGAAAUGGUGAAAAACAAGUGGGAUCAUUUUGGCAAUAAUUUUGAGACCCUGUCCAUCUGGAUAACUGAGAAAGAAAAAGAACUCAAUGCCCUGGAAACUUCAUCAUCUGCCAUGGACACGCAAAUCAACCAAAUUAAGGUCACAAUUCAGGAAAUAGAAAAUAAGAUCAGUGACAUCAUGGGACUAGAAGAAGCAGCUCAGUCUUUUGCUCAAUUUAUUACCACUGGAGAAUCUGCCCGAAUCAAAGCCAAGCUGACACAAGUGAGAAGAUACUGGGAAGAACUCCGAGAGCAUGCACAAAGUCUGGAAGGGACAAUCCUGGCACAUUUAUCUCAGCAGCAGAAGUUUGAAGAUAAUCUUAGCAAGAUCCAACAGUCUGUGUCUGAGUUUGAAGAAAGACUUGCUGAUCCAAUUAAAAUAUGUUCUUCAGCUACAGAAACAUACAGAGUUCUCCAGGAACAUAUGGAUCUCCGCCAGGCCGUGGAGUCGCUGAGCAGCGCGGUGGGCGCCCUCUCGGCCGGCGCCCGGAAGGUCCGCGCUCCCACGGGCUCCACCGUCCAGGAGGCCACCGCCCUGCAGCACAGAUACCGGGGGGCGCUGCUCCGGGCCAAGGAGAGGCAGGCUGCGCUGGAGACCCUGCUGGCUCACUGGCAGAGGCUAGAGAAGGAACUGUCAACCUUUUUGACCUGGUUAGAGCGGUGUGAAGCUAUAGCCGGUUCCCCAGAAACAGACAUUUCUGCAGACAGAGUCAAAGUGGAGAGUGAACUUCAGUUAAUACAGGCACUGCAAAAUGAAGUUGUCUCCCAGGCCUCAGUCUAUAGCAACCUUUUGCAAUUAAAGGAAUCACUAUUCUCAGUGGCCUCCAAAGAUGAUGUGAAAAUGAUGAGACUACAUUUGGAGCAGUUGGAUGAGAGAUGGAGAGAUUUGCCACAGAUAAUUAGCAAAAGGAUUAAUUUUCUUCAGUCUGUGGUCACUGAACACCAACAAUUUGAUGAACUGCUGCUUUCCUUUUCUGUCUGGAUUAAGUUGUUUCUCAGUGAAUUACAAACAACUUCUGAGAUAAGCAUAAUGGACCACCAAGCAGCAUUUACUCGCCACAAGGACCACGCAGCAGAAGUAGAGAGCAAAAAGGGAGAAUGGCAGAGUCUACAGGAUCACCUAGCAAAGCUGGGUGCUCUGGGUCGAGCUGAGGACCUCCACCUUCUCCAGGGCAAGGCAGAGGACUGCCUCCAGCUGUUUGAGGAGGCCAGCCGAGUCGUGGAGAGGCGGCAGCUUGCCCUGGUCCAGCUGGCUGAAUUCCUGCAGAGCCAUGCGUCUCUGUCCGGGGUUCUCCAGCAGCUGAGGCAAACCGUGGAAGCAACCAGCAGUAUGAAUAAGAAGCUGUCUGAUUUAUUAGAAAAAGACCUGAAUGAAGCUAUUCAAGAGGUUAAAACAUUAGAAUCGACUGCCAUCACCCUUGAUGGCAUUCUUACCAAAGCCCAAUACCAUCUUAAAAGUGGAAGCUCUGAGCAAAGGAUUUCCUGCAGAACUACAGCAGAUGAUCUCUGUUUCGAAGUAGAGCGGAUCCAGAACCUUCUGGGAACCAAGCAGAGUGAGGCUGAUGCCCUGGCAGUAUUGAAAAAAGCAUUCCAAGAUCAGAAAGAGGAGUUGCUGAAAAACAUUGAGGACAUUGAAGAAAGGGCUGACAAAGAGCGCCUGUCGGAAGCUACCCGCCAAGCUCUUCAACAGAGGUUGAGAGUCUUUAAUCAGUUAGAAGAUGAAUUGAAUUCUCAUGAGCAUGAACUAUGUUGGUUGAAAGACAAAGCGAAACAAAUUGCUCAGAAAGAUGUAGCCUUCGCACCUGAAGUCGACCGGGAGCUAAACCUCUUGGAGGUUUCCUGGGAGGAUACCAAAAAACUAAUUCAUGAAAACCAGGGUCAAUGCUGUGGACUUAUUGACUUGGUGCGAGAAUAUCAGAACUUGAAGUCAGUUGUAUCUAAAGUCCUAGAAAAGGCCAACAAUGUGAUUAUACCCAGAACCACUAUAAAAGAUCAGGAAGAUCUUAAAUGGGCUCUAUCCAAGCUUGAAACUGCCAAGAACGAAAUGUGUAAUAAACAGAAAGAACUGGAUAACUUUACGAGUAAAGGAAAACAACUGUUAUGUGAGCUGAAAAAGAUUCACAGUACUGAUUUCAUCUCGGUACAAAGAGACAUGGAGAGUACUGUGGAUAGAUGGCUGGAUGUGUCAGAGAGAAUUGAGGAAAACAUGGAUAGACUGAGGGUAAGCCUGUCCAUUUGGGGUGAUGUACUUUCAAGCAAAGACGAGAUCGACGGAUGGUCAAACAGUUCUGUCCCACAGCUGGCUGACAGCAUCAGCAACCUGAAUAACAGCGUCAAGGCAGAAGAAUUCCUUAAAGAAUUUGAGUCUGAAGUUAAAAUCAAAGCAUUGCGACUGGAAGAACUUCAUUCCAAAGUCAAUGAUCUUAAAGAAUUAACUAAAAACCCAGAAACACCACCAGACCUUCAGUUUAUAGAAGCAGACUUAAGGCAGAAACUGGAGCAUGCCAAAGAAAUGACUGAAGAAGCAAAAGGAACCUUGAAAGAUUUCACUGCUCAGAGUACACAAGUGGAGACGUUUAUUAAUGACCUAACGACCUGGCUGGUGAAACUGGAAGGAUCAUUGAUGAACUGUGCCCAGACUGAGACUUGUGAAGGGUUGAGAAAAGUAAAGGAAAUACAAAAAGAACUUCAGAGUCAGCAAAGCAGCAUGAGCUCCACCCAGGAAAAUCUCAAUAGCUUGUGCCGCAAGUACCAUUCAGUCGAGCUGGAGAGCCUGGGCAGCGGGAUGACCAGGCUGAUAAAGAAACACGAAGCGGUGAGCCAGCUGCGCUCCAAAACCCAGGCCAGCCUACAGGAUGCUCUGGAGAAACACUUCAAUGAGUCUAUGCAGGAAUUCCAAGAAUGGUUUUCUGGAAUAAAGAUAGCAGCAAAGGAAUCAUCAGACAGAACUGGUGACAGCAAAGUUCUCGAGGCGAAGCUCCAUGAUCUCCAGAACAUUUUGGACUCAGUCAGCGAUGGGCAGAACAAGCUUGAUGCCGUGACACAAGAAGGACAAACUUUGUUUGCACAUCUGUCUAAACAAAUUGUCAGUAGCAUUCAGGAACAAAUUACAAAGGCUAAUGAAGAGUUUCAAGCAUUUCUGAAGCAAUGCCUAAAAGACAAACAGGCUCUUCAAGAUUGUGCUUUAGAACUUGGAAGCUUUGAGGACCAGCACAGAAAACUGAACUUAUGGAUCCAUGAAAUGGGUGAGAGGUUAAGUACAGAAAACUUAGGUGAGAAUAAACAGCACAUUCCUGAGAAGAAAAAUGAAGUCCAUAAAGUUGAAAUGUUUCUGGGCGAAUUACUGGCUGCAAGAGAGUCUCUUGACAAGCUUUCCCAAAGAGGGCAGCUUCUCAGUGAAGAAGGCCACGGCGCUGGGAAAGAAGGACGCAUGUGUUCCCAGCUCCUCACUAACUACCAGAACGUUCUCCGAAUGACCAAAGAGAAACUGCGGAGCUGCCAAGUGGCCCUGCAGGAGCACGAAGCCCUGGAGGAAGCCUUGCAGAGCAUGUGGUCCUGGGUAAAAGACAUUCAAGACAGACUGGCCCGGGCAGAGAGCACUGUCGGAAGCAAAGCCACCGUGGAGAAGCGGCUGUCGCAAAUACAGGAUAUCCUCCUGAUAAAAGGUGAAGGAGAGGUCAAGUUGAACAUGGCCAUCGGCAAAGGGGAGCAGGCCUUGAGAAGCAGCAACAAGGGAGGUCAGAAGGUGAUUCGAACUCAGCUCCAGACCCUCAAAGAUGUGUGGGCUGACAUCAUGACUUCCUCUGUCCAUGCUCAGAGUGCUUUGGAGUCUGUGAUUAGCCAAUGGAACGACUAUCUGGAGUGGAAGAACCAGUUGGAGCAGUGGAUGGAAUCAGUGGAUCAACAAGUAGAGCAUCCUUUGCAACUGCAGCCGGGUCUGAAGGAGAAGUUUUCCCUUCUGGACCACCUUCAGUCCAUUGUAUGUGCUGGGGAAGAUCACGCCAAAGCCCUGCACCGCCUCAUCACAAAAGCCAGGGAGCUCUACCGGAAGACUGAGGAUGAGUCUUUCAAGGAAGCAACUCAGGAGGAACUGAAGACACAGUUGAAUGACUUAGUGACUGUUUCCAAGGAGAAAAUGAGGAAAGUGGAAGAGAUUGUGAAAGACCAUCUGAUGUAUUUAGAUGCCGUCCAGGAAUUCACAGAUUGGCUCCAUUCAGCAAAGGAAGAGCUUCACCGGUGGUCAGACAUGUCUGGAGAUUCUUCAGCCACCCAGAAAAAAUUGUCUAAAAUUAAGGAGCUGAUGGAUUCCAGAGAGAUUGGUGCAAGCCGCCUAAGCAGAGUGGAGUCCCUGGCUCCUGCGGUGAAACGGAGCACGACCGCCAGUGGGUGUGAGCUCCUGGACACAGAGAUGCAGGCCCUGCGUGCCGACUGGAAGCAGUGGGAAGACAGUGUAGUCCAAACGCAGACCAGCCUGGAGAACCUGGUUAGCCAAAUGGCCCUUUCGGAGCAGGAGUUCUCAGGCCAAGCUGCCCAACUGGAGCGGGCCCUGGAACAGUUCAGUGCCCUUCUGACCACCUGGGCACAGGAGUUAACUCUCCUAGAAGGCAAGAACACAGAUAAGGAGAUAGUGGAGUGCUGGCAGAAGGGACGAGAGACACUGGAUGCUCUACAAAAAGCAGAGCCAAAGACAGAGGAUCUCAAAUCGCAGCUGAAUGAACUCUGUCGAUUUUCUAGAGACCUGAGCACCUACAGUGGGAAAGUUUCUGGCUUGAUUAAAGAAUAUAAUUGUCUUUGUUUGCAAGCAUCUAAGGGCUGUCAGAAUAGAGAACAGAUUUUACAGCAAAGAUUUCGAAGAGCCUUCAAGGAUUUCCAGCAAUGGUUGGUUAAUGCCAAAAUCACUACUGCUAAGUGUUUUGAUGUGCCUCAAAAUAUUAAUGAAGUUGCAGCAAGUCUUCAGAAAAUACAGGAAUUUUUGUCAGAAAGUGAAAAUGGGCAGCACAAGUUAAACACAAUGCUUUCUAAAGGAGACCUCUUGAGUUCUCUGCUGACCAAGGAGAAAGCCAAUGAUAUCCAAGCCAAAGUCACAACUGCAAAAGAAGAUUGGAAAAAUUUCCAUUCAAAUCUCCUCCAGAAGGAAUCUGCCCUCGAGAAUCUAAAGAUCCAAAUGAAGGACUUUGAAGUAAGUGCUGAGCCCAUACAGGCCUGGCUGAGCAACACCGAGAAGCUGGUGCUUGAGAGCAGCAACCGGCUGUACGAUCUGCCAGCAAAGAGGAGAGAACAGCAAAAGCUCCAGUCUGUCCUUGAGGAAAUAAACUGCUACGAGCCUCAGCUCCACAGGCUGAAAGAGAAAGCUCAGCAGCUGUGGGAAGGACAAGCUGCCAGCAAGAGCUUUAUGCACAGAGUGUCGCAGCUGUCUGCUCAGUAUCUAGCUCUAAGCAAUUUAACAAAGGAGAAAGUGUCGAGAUUGGAUAGAAUGGUGGCAGAACACAGUCAGUUCUCCCUUGGCAUUAAAGAACUACAAGACUGGAUGAUGGAUGCGGUUCACAUGCUGGAUUCUUACUGCCACCCGACGUCCGACAAAAGUGUGCUGGAUAGCAGGAUGCUCAAGCUGGAGGCUCUGUUAUCAGUAAAACAGGAAAAAGAGAUCCAGAUGAAAAUAAUAGUGACCAGAGGGGAGUCUGUCCUUCAGAACACCUCCCCGGAAGGCAUUCUUGCCGUUCAGCAGCAGCUGCAGAGUGUGAAGGACCUGUGGGCUUCCCUUUUGUCUGCAGGCAUUCGUUGUAAAAGUCAACUUGAAGGAGCUCUUUCUAAGUGGACAAGUUACCAGGAUGAUGUUCGACAGUUUUCCAGUUGGAUGGACAGCGUGGAGGCCAGUGUCAACGAAUCUGAAAGGCAGUGUGCGGAACUGCGGGACAAAACAGCUGCUCUCGGAAAAGCCAAGUUGUUAAGUGAAGAAGUGCUGAGUCACAGCAGCUUGCUGGAGACCAUUGAAGUCAAAGGGACUGGUAUGACAGAGCACUAUGUCACCCAGUUGGAAUUCCAGGAUCUACAGGAGCGAUACAGAGCAAUCAAAGAGAGGGCCACGGAAGCAGUAACCAAGUCUGAAAAACUAGUCCGCCUGCACCAAGAGUAUCAGAGAGACCUAAAAGCGUUUGAAGUUUGGCUGCAGCAAGAAGAAGAAAAACUUGACCAAUACUCAGUUCUUGAAGGUGAUGCCCACACUCAUGAGACAACAUUACGGAACCUUCAGGAGCUCCAAGUGCACUGUGCAGAGGGGCAGGUACUGCUGAAUUCAGUGCUGCACACCAGAGAGGAAGUAAUCCCAUCAGGCAUCCCCCAGACGGAGGAUCGGGCUUUAGAGUCUCUCCGGCAGGACUGGCAGGCUUACCAGCAGAGACUGUCUGAGACCCGAACUCAGGUCAAUAAUGUAGUCAACAAAUUGAGGCUGAUGGAACAAAAGUUUCAGCAAGUAGACGAGUGGCUAAAAGCACUGGAGGAGAAAGUGAUUCUCAGGACUGGACGGCAGUCUAACCGGGCAACCAAAGAGAUACAAUUACAUCAGCUGAAGAAGUGGCACGAAGAAAUCACCACAUAUAAAGAUGAAGUUGAGGACGUGGGAGCCAGAGCGCAGGAGAUCCUGGACGAGAACCACGUAAGCAGCCGAAUGGGCUGCCAGGCCACCCAGCUGACUUCCAGAUACCAGGCCCUUCUUCUCCAAGUGCUGGAACAAAUAAAAUUCCUGGAGGAAGAGAUUCAGAGUUUGGAAGAAUCAGAAUUAUCCCUCAGUUCCUAUUCUGACUGGUAUGGCUCUACACAUAAAAACUUCAAGAAUCUGGCUACCAAAAUUGAUAAAGUUGAUAAAGCGAUGAUGGGGAAAAAAAUGAAGAUGUUGGAGGGCUUACUGAAAGACAUGGAGAAAGGCCAUGGUCUGCUAAAAUCGGCCCGAGAGAAAGGAGACAGGGCUCUUAAAUACUUGGAGGAUGGCGAGGCAGAGACAUUAAGAAAAGAGAUCCGUGACCACGUGGAGCAGCUGAAGGAGCUGACCAGCACUGUCCGGAAAGAGCACGUGACUCUGGAAAAAGGCCUUCAUUUAGCAAAGGAAUUCUCAGAUAAAUAUAAAGCACUAGCUCAGUGGAUGGCAGAGUACCAAGAACUCCUACACAUUCCUGAGGAACCCAAAAUGGAAUUAUAUGAGAAGAAAGCCCAGUUAUCUAAAUACAAGUCACUUCAACAAAUGGUACUGUCCUAUGAACCAUCAGUAAAAUCAGUGAGAGAGAAAGGUGAAGCUCUUUUGGAAUUGGUGCAGGAUAUCGCUUUAAAGGACAAAAUAGAUAAACUUCAAAGUGAUUACCAGGACCUCUGUGGGGCAGGAAAGGAGCAUGUCUGCAGUCUCCAGGCAAAAGUCAAAGACCAUGAAGAUUACAACAGUGAGCUCCAAGAAGUAGAAAAGUGGCUACUGCAGAUGUCAGGCAGGCUGGUGGCGCCCGACCUCGUGGAGACAAGCAGUCUAGAGACGAUCACCCAGCAGCUUGCCCACCACAAGGCAAUGAUGGAGGAAAUUGCUGGUUUUGAAGACCGUUUGAACAACCUUAAAAGUCAAGGUGACAAUUUGAUCAGCCAGUGUGCAGACCACCUUCAAGCAAAACUUAAACAAAACGUGCAUGCCCAUCUGCAGGGCACAAUGGAUAGUUACUCAGCCAUCUGCAGUACAGCUCAGAGGGUAUACCAGAGUUUGGAACAUGAACUUCAGAAGCAUGUUAGCCGACAGGACACUCUGCAGCAGUGCCAGGCCUGGCUUUCUGCAGUCCAGCCAGAUUUAAAGCCAAGCCCGAACCCACCGCUUAGCAGAGCAGAAGCUGUUAAGCAGGUCAAACACUUCAGAGCUUUGCAGGAACAGGCAAGGACCUACUUAGAUCUCCUUUGCUCCAUGUGUGAUUUGUCAAAUUCUUCAGUAAAAAACACAGCAAAAGACAUUCAACAAACAGAGCAGAUGAUUGAACAGAGGCUUGCCCAGGCACAGAGCUUAACUCAGGGCUGGGAAGAGAUCAAGCAUCUGAAGGCUGAGCUUUGGAUUUACCUCCAGGAUGCCGAUCAGCAACUGCAGAAUAUGAAGAGGAGGCCCUCCGAACUGGAGCCGAAUGUCGCACAGAACAUGGUUUCCCAAGUAAAGGAUUUUGUUAAGAAACUACAGUGCAAAGAGGCAUCGGUGAUGGCUAUCACAGAAAAGGUGAAUAAGUUAACCAAGAAGCAGGAGGCUCCUGAACACAAGGAAAUAAGUCACCUAAAUGACCAGUGGUUAGAUCUGUGCCUUCAGUCUAACAAUCUGUGCUCACAAAGGGAAGAGGAUCUUCAGAGAACCAGAGAUUACCAUGACUGCAUGAAUAUCGUGGAUGUGUUCUUAGAACAAUUCACUACAGAAUGGGAUAACUUAGCCAGGUCCAAUGCAGAGAGUACAGCUGUCCACCUGGAAGCUUUGCAGAAGUUAGCACUGGCUUUACAGGACAGAAAGCAGGCCAUAGAGGACCUGAAAGAGCAAAAGCAGAAAAUGAUAGAGCAUCUGAACUUAGAUGACAAAGAAUUGGUCAAAGAACAGACAAGUCACCUUGAACGACGCUGGUUUCAGCUUGAGGACCUUGUUAAAAGAAAAAUCCAAGUGUCAGUCACCAACUUGGAGGAAUCAGAUGUGGUGCGGUGCAGGUUUCAGGAGCUGAUGGAGUGGGCAGAAGAGCAACAGCCGAGCAUUGCAGAGGCCCUGAAGCAGAGCCCCCCGCCCGAAAUGGCACAGAGCCUCCUCAUGGAGCACCUUACCAUCUGCAGUGAACUGGAGGCCAAACAAAUACUCCUGAAAUCACUCCUGAAGGAUGCCGACAGGGUGAUGGCGGAUCUUGGCCUCAACGAGCGGCAGAUAAUCCAGAAGGCACUUUCUGAUGCGCAGAGGCAUGUGAAUUGUCUCAGCGACUUAGUGAGCCAGAGGCGGAGGUACUUAAACAAAGCCUUGUCGGAGAAAACCCAGUUUCUCAUGGCAGUGUUCCAGGCCACCAGCCAGAUUCAGCAACAUGAGCAAAAGAUAAUGUUCCGUGAGCAUAUCUGCCUGCUACCGGAUGAUGUGAGCAAACAGGUUAAAACGUGUAAAAGUACACAAGCCAGCCUCAAGACUUACCAAAGUGACGUCACAGGGCUUUGGGCCCAGGGUCGCGAGUUAAUGAAAGGGGCCCCAGAGCAGGAAAAGAGUGAAAUACUGGGCAAGCUUCAGGACCUGCAGAGUGUCUACGACACUGUUUUACAGAAGUGUAGCCAUCGGCUACAGGACCUAGAGAAAAGUCUAGUUUCUAGGAAGCAUUUUAAGGAAGAUUUUGAGAAAGCUUGUCACUGGCUAAAACAAGCAGAUAUCGUUACAUUUCCUGAAAUCAACCUAAUGAACGAGAGCACAGAGCUUCAGGCACAACUGGCCAAAUACCAGCGCAUUCUUGAACAAUCUCCAGACUACGAAAACCUCCUGCUUACACUACAGAGGACCGGGCAGGCCAUUUUGCCGUCACUGAAUGAAGCCGACCAUUCCUACCUCAGUGAAAAGCUAAAUGCCCUGCCGCUGCAAUUCAAUGUCAUCAUUGCCUUGGCUAAAGACAAGUUCUAUAAAGUUCAAGAAGCAAUUCUUGCUCGGAAAGAAUACGCCUCCUUGACUGAGUUGACAAUUCAGUCUCUGAGUGAUCUUGAAGACCAGUUCUUAAAACUGAGCAAAGUGCCCGCUGACCUGGUGACCACGGAGGCUCUGGCUCUUCAGGACAGUCACAGAGCCCUUCUGGGGGAGGUGGCAGGCCUUGGGGAAGCAGUGGGCGAGCUGAACCAGAAGAAAGAAAGUUUCCGCAGCACAGGCCAGCCUUGGCAGCCAGACAAGAUGCUGCACCUUGUCACCUUGUACCACAGGCUAAAGCGACAAACUGAACAAAGGCUUAGCUUCUUAGAAGAUACCACCAGUGCCUAUGAAGAGCAUGAAAAGAUGUGCUGCCAGCUGGAGAAACAACUAGAGGCUGUGAAAGCAGAGCAGUGCCAGGUGAAUGAGGAGACACUUCCUGCAGAGGAGAAGCUCAAAAUGUAUCACUCCCUGGCAGGAAGUCUCCGGGACGCAGGAACUCUGCUGAAACAAGUAACCGUGCACCUUGAAGAUCUUGUUCCACACCUGGAUCCCUUGGCUUAUGAGAGAGCCAAACAUCAGAUCCAGUCCUGGCAAGAGGAGUUAAAACUGUUAACUUCUGCCAUUGGCGCAACGGUGACGGAAUGUGAGAGCCGCAUGGUGCAGAGUAUAGACUUCCAUUCAGAGCUGAGCCGCUCCCUGGACUGGCUGAGGAGCGUGAAGGCAGAGCUCGGCGGGCCUCUGUGCCUGGACCUGAGCCUGCAGGACAUCCAGGAGGAGGUCAGAAAGAUCCAAAUUCACCAGGAAGAGGUCCAAUCCAGCCUGAGAAUAAUGAAUGCCCUGAGUAACAAGGAGAAGGAGAAAUUCACAAAAGCCAAGGAAUUGAUUUCCGCGGAUUUACAACAUGCUCUUGCUGAACUCUCGGGGCUCGAUGGAGACAUUCAGGAAGCUUUAUGCACCAGACAGGCUACUUUGACUCAAAUAUAUAAUCAAUGUCAAAGAUACUAUCAAAUAUUUCAAGCAGCUAACGACUGGCUUGAGGAUGCUCAGGAGAUGUUACAGCUGGCAGGCAAUGGUCUGGAUGUGGAGAACGCAGAGGAAAAUCUCAAAAGUCACAAGGAAUUUUUUAGUACAGAGGAUCAGUUCCACAGUAAUCUAAAAGAGCUCCAAGGCCUGGCAGCCCACCUGGAGCCACUCAUUAAGCCAGCUGGAAAAGAGGACCUUGCACAGAGAAUGGCUUCCCUGCAGAAGAAGAGCCAGAGGAUAAUACAGGACUCCCACGCCCAGUUAGAUCUCUUGCAGAGAUGUGCAGCUCAGUGGCAGGAUUACCAGAAAGCAAGGGAAGAGGUAAUUGAAUUGAUGAAUGAUGCAGAAAAGCAGUUGUCUGAGUUUUCUUUAUGGAAGACUUCUUCCAGUCAUGAAGCAGAAGAAAAAUUGUCAGAACAUAAGGCUUUAGUGUCAGUAGUGAACUCUUUCCAUGAGAAAAUUGUGGCCCUUGAGGCCAGAGCUGAACAACUGGAAAAGAGUGGAAAUGACACGAGCAAAGCAACCAUAAGCAGGUCGGUGACGACGGCCUGGCAGCGCUGGGCGCGUCUCCGUGCUGUGGCCCAGGACCAGGAGAAGAUCCUGGAAGAUGCAGUGGCUGAGUGGAAGAGCUUUAACAAAAAGGUUAAAACAGUCACGGAGACGAUUGAUCAGCUACAAGAUAAACUACCAGGAAGUUCAACAGAGAAAGCCUCAAAAGCAGAGCUCGUAACUCUUCUUGAAUAUCACGACACAUUCAUUCUGGAGCUAGAACAGCAACAGUCGGCCUUGGGCAUGCUGCGUCAGCAAGGGCUGGGCAUGCGCCAGGAUGGGGCCGCUCCGUCCCCUGGGCAGGAGCUGCCCGUUGUGCAGGAAAUCUCAGCAAUGCAAGAUCGGUGCCAGAAUCUGCAAGAGCAAGUGAAGAAAAACGCAAAGGCGGUAAAGCAAGAAUUGAAGGACCGUGAAGUGGUGGAGACUCAGGUCAACUCUGUGAAAUCUUGGGUUCAGAAAACAAAGGAAUAUUUAGGGAAUCCAACGAUAGAAAUAGAUGCUCAACUUGAAGAACUUCAGAUUCUUCUUAAAGAAGCCACAAAUCACCAACAGAACAUUGAGAAAAUGGCUGAAGAGCAGAAGAAUAAGUACCUGGAUCUUUAUGCUAUAUUACCUUCUGAAGUCUCCCUUCAGCUAGCUGAAGGGGCAUUGGACCUAGGAACUAUCCAUAAUCAGAUCCAGGACAAAGUAAAAGAAGUCAAACAUAGCAAGGCCGUGAGCCAGGAGUUCAGCCGUCAAAUUCAGAAGACAGCCAAAGAUCUCACGGCUAUUCUAACUAAGCUGAGAGCAAGGACAGAUAAUCUAGUUCAAGCUAAAACUGACCAAAAGGUGCUAGGAGAGGAUUUAGAUGGCUGUAAGUUAAAGUUAAUGGAACUGGAUGAAGCAGUACAGAAAUUCUCAGAACAGAAUGGCCACCUGGGGAAACCACUGGUCAAGAAGAUAGGAAAACUGACUGCACUUCACCAGCAGACCAUUAGGCAGGCAGAGAAUCGGCUCUCAAAGCUCAAUCAGGCAGCAUCACAUUUAGGAGAAUACAAUGAAAUGCUUGAAUUAAUUCUGAAGUGGAUGGAGAAAGCUAAAAUUUUGGCACAUGGAAAGAUUGCAUGGAAUUCCGCAAGUCAGUUACAGGAACAAUAUAUUUCACAUCAGGCCUUGCUAGAAGAAUCUGAAGAAAUUCACAGCAGUCUGGAAGCAAUGACAGAGAAAUUACAGUACAUUGCUAGUGUGUAUUAUACAGAAAAAAUGUCUCAGCAAGUGGCAGAAUUGGGACGGGAGACUGAAGAGUUGCGACAGAUGAUCAAAAUUCGUUUACAGAAUCUUCAAGAUGCUGCCAAGGAUAUGAAAAAAUUUGAAACAGAGCUAAGAAACUUACAAGUUGCUUUGGAGCAAGCCCACACAACCCUGACUUCUCCAGAAGUUGGACGUCUUAGUCUCAAGGAGCAACUCUCUCAUCGACAGCAUUUGUUGUCUGAGAUGGAGUCGCUCAAGCCAAAGGUCCACACGGUACAGAUCUGCCAAAGCACGCUCCGGAUCCCUGCGGAUGUGGUCGCCAGCUUGCCGCUCUGCCACGCUGCUCUGUGCCUGCAGGAAGAGGCCAGCCGCUUGCAGCAUUCAGCGAUCCAGCAGUGCAACGCCACACAGGAGGCUGUGGUGCAAUAUGAACAAUAUGAACAAGAAAUGCAGCACCUGCAGGAGCUCAUAGAAGGAGCUCACAGAGAGAUUGAGGAUAAGCCUGUGGCCACCAGUAACAUCCAGGAGCUGCAAGCCCAGAUUUCUCGUCAUGAGGAGCUGGCUCGGAAAAUAAAGGGCUACCAGGAGCAGAUCGCCUCCCUCAACUCCAAGUGCAAGAUGCUGACGAUGAAGGCCAGGCACGCCACCAUGCUGCUGACGGUGACCGAGGUGGAGGGGCUGGCGGAGGCGCCGGAGGACCUGCGCGGGGAGCUCCUCCCCGCGACCUCGGCCCACCCCUCCGUGGUCAUGAUGACUGCCGGUCGCUGUCACACUUUGCUGUCACCUGUCACUGAGGAAUCUGGGGAGGAGGGAACCAACAGUGAGAUUUCCUCUCCACCUGCCUGUCGCUCCCCUUCACCUGUGGCCAAUACAGAUGCUUCUGUCAACCAGGACAUUGCUUAUUACCAAGCCUUGUCUGCUGAGAGGUUGCAGACGGAUGCUGCAAGAAUUCAGCCGAGCACGUUGCCAUGCCAAGAGUUCUAUGAACCAGGACUGGAGCCAUCUGCCACUGCCAAACUAGAUGAUUUGCAGCGUUCUUGGGAAACCUUAAAGAAUGUGAUCAGUGAGAAGCAGCGCACACUCUACGAAGCUUUGGAACGCCAGCAGAAGUACCAGGACUCCCUCCAGGCCAUCUCCACAAAAAUGGAGGCCAUCGAGGUGAAGCUCAGUGAGAGUCUAGAGCACGGCAGGAGUCCAGAAAGCCAGAUGGCUGAGCAUCAGGCCUUGAUGGAUGAGAUUCUCAUGCUUCAGGAUGAAAUCAGUGAGCUGCAGUCAUCCCUCGCGGAGGAGCUGGUGUCUGAGUCUGCAGAGUCCGACCCCGCGGAGCAGCUGGCCCUGCAGUCCACACUCACUGUCUUGGCGGAGCGAAUGUCCACCAUCAAGAUGAAAGCAUCAGGGAAACGACAGCUUUUGGAGGAGAAGUUAAAUGAUCAGCUGGAGGAACAGAGACAUGAACAGGCCCUGCAGAGGUAUCGCUGUGAAGUUGACGAGCUGGACCACUGGCUCUUGAGCACCAAGGCCACACUGGACAUGGCACUGGGUACACCCAAGGAGCCCAUGGACAUGGAGGCCCAGCUGGUGGACUGCCAGAACAUGCUGGUGGAAAUAGAGCAGAAGGUGGUGGCCUUAUCAGAGCUCUCAGUCCACAAUGAAAACCUGAUGCUGGAGGGCAAGGCUCAUACGAAGGAUGAGGCUGAGCAGCUGGCCGUGAAGCUAAGAACUCUCAAAGGGAGUCUCUUGGAGCUGCAGAGAGCAUUGCAUGACAGACAGCUCAACAUCCAGGGAACGGCACACGAGAAGGAGGAGAGAGAGGCUGACCUCACUGCCUCCCAGAGCCCCGGUGUCCAGGAGUGGCUGGCCCAAGCUCGCAGCACGUGGACCCUCCAGCGGCAGAGCAGUCUCCAGCAACAGAAAGAGUUGGAACAGGAGUUAGAAGAGCAGAAGAACCUCCUUCGGUCAGUAGCCAGUCGUGGAGAGGAAAUUCUAACCCAGCACUCAGCUGCAGAGACUCCUGGUGGUGUUAGUGAAAAACCUGAUGUAUUAUCCCAGGAGUUGGGGAUGCAUGGAGAGAAGUCACCUGCUGAAGACCAGAUGAGAAUGAAAUGGGAAAGCCUACAUCAAGAAUUUAGUACCAAGCAGAAACUACUACAGAAUGUUCUGAAACAGGAACAAGAGCAAGUGCUCUACAGCAGGCCAAAUCGGCUUUUGUCCGGCAUGCCACUAUACAGAGGGGACGGGCAGACCCAAGAUAAAUCUGCAGUGACGUCUCUGCUGGGUGGAUUGAACCAGGCCUUUGAGGAGGUUUCGUCCCAGGGUGGAGGGACAAAAGGGCAGAACAUUCACUUGGAACAGAAGUUAUAUGAUGGGGUCUCAGCUACCUCCACUUGGUUGGACGAUGUUGAGGAACGUUUAUUUGUUGCAACGGCACUUUUACCAGAAGAAACGGAAACUCACCUCUUCAACCAAGAGACUCUUGCCAAAGAUAUUAAGGAAAUGUCUGAAGAAAUGGAUAAGAACAAGAACUUGUUUUCCCAAGCAUUUCCAGAGAAUGGCGAUAACCGAGAUGUUAUUGAAGAUACUUUGGGUUGUCUUGUGGGCAGGCUAUCCUUGCUAGACUCAGUAGUAAAUCAGCGAUGUCAUCAGAUGAAGGAAAGACUUCAGCAAAUACUAAAUUUUCAGAAUGAUCUGAAGGUGCUGUCUACAUCACUUACUGACAACAAAUACAUUAUUCUUCAGAAACUGGCAAAUGUGUUUGAACAGCCUGUGGCAGAGCAAAUCGAGGCAAUACAACAGGCUGAAGAUGGGCUAAAGGAAUUGGAUGCAGGAAUCAUUGAAUUAAAAAAGCGUGGUGACAAGUUGCAGAUCGAGCCGCCUUCUAUGCAAGAACUCUCCAGACUCCAGGACAUGUAUGAUGAACUGACGAUGACCAUUGCCUCCCGGCGGGGCAGUCUCAACCACAGUCUUGCACUCAAGAGUCAGUACGAAAGGGCUUUGCAAGAUCUGACUGACCUGCUGGAAACUGGGCGAGAGAAGAUGGCAAGCGACCAGAAAAUCAUCGUGUCUUCCAAAGAAGAAAUCCAACAACUGCUUGAUAAACAUAAGGAAUAUUUUCAGGGCCUGGAAUCGCAUAUGAUCUUGACUGAAACGCUUUUCAGAAAGAUAAUCAGCUUUGCACUCCUAAGGGAAACCCAAUUCCACACAGAACUGAUGGCGCAGGCUUCAGCUGUACUGAAACGGGCUCACAAGAGGGGUGUCGAGCUGGAGUACAUCCUAGAGACGUGGUCCCACCUGGAUGAGGACUACCGGGAGCUCAGCAGACAGCUGGAGGUGGUGGAAAGUAACAUCCCAAGUGUGGGUUUGGUGGAGGAGAGCGCGGACAGGCUCAUCAACCGGAUAACGCUCUACCAGCAUUUGAAAUCCAGCCUUAAUGAAUACCAGCCCAAAUUGUAUCAAGUAUUAGAUGAUGGGAAACGACUUCUGAUGUCCAUUAGCUGCUCAUAUCUAGAAGGCCAGCUGAAUCAACUUGGAGAACACUGGUUAAAUAAUACCAACAAAGUGUCUAAGGAACUUCACAGAUUGGAAACAAUAUUGAAACACUGGACCAGAUACCAACAUGAAUCUGCAGAACUAAGUCACUGGUUACAAUCUGCAAAAGACAGGCUAGAAUUUUGGACUCAACAAUCUGUGACAGUCCCACAAGAACUGGAAAUGGUCCGUGAUCAUCUGAAUGCUUUCCUGGAGUUUUCCAAAGAGGUGGAUGCCAAAUCUUCCCUAAAAUCGUCUGUUCUGAGCACUGGAAAUCAACUUCUUCGAUUAAAGAAAGUGGACACAGCUGCCCUGCGUUCAGAGCUGUCACACAUUGAUAGUCAGUGGACAGACCUGCUGACAAAUAUCCCAGCUGUACAGGAAAAGCUCCACCAGCUCCGGAUGGAUAAGCUGCCUUCCCGCCAUGCCAUUUCUGAAGUCAUGACGUGGAUUUCUAUCAUGGAAAAUGUGAUUCAAAAGGAUGAAGAGAAUAUAAAAAAUUCCAUAGGUUACAAGGCAAUUCAUGAAUACCUUCAGAAAUAUAAGGGUUUUAAGAUAGACAUUAACUGUAAACAGUUGACAGUUGAUUUUGUCAAUCAGUCUGUGCUUCAGAUCAGCAGUCAGGAUGUGGAAAGUAAACGCAGCGAUAAGACUGAUUUUGCUGAGCAGCUUGGAGCAAUGAAUAAAAGCUGGCAAAUCCUGCAGGGUCUAGUAACAGAGAAGAUCCAGCUGUUGGAAAGCUUAUUGGAAUCUUGGUCAGAAUAUGAAAAUAAUGUACAAUGUCUGAAAAGUUGGUUUGAAACCCAGGAAAAGAGGCUAAAACAACAUCAAAUCGGAGAUCAGACUUCAGUUCAAAAUGCACUGAAAGACUGUCAGGACCUGGAAGAUUUGAUUAAAGCAAAAGAAAAGGAGGUAGAAAAAAUUGAGCAGAAUGGACUCGCUUUGAUUCAUGACAAGAAAGAAGAAGUCUCUGGCAUUGUCAGGAGUACGCUGCAGGAGCUCAACCGAACCUGGGCAAAUUUAGAACACAUGGUUGGGCAAUUAAAGAUACUGUUGAAGUCAGUGCUUAACCAAUGGAGCGAUCACAAAGUGGCCUUUGAUGAGAUAAACAGUUACCUCAUGGGGGCCAGAUACUCUCUUUCCCGAUUCCGCCUGCUGACUGGCUCUUUGGAAGCUGUGCAAGUUCAGGUAGACAAUCUUCAGAAUCUUCAAGACGAUCUAGAAAAACAGGAAAAGAACUUACAGGAAUUUGGCUCUGUUACCAACCAACUGUUAAAAGAGUGCCACCCACCUGUGAUAGAAACUCUUACUAAUACACUCAAAGAAAUCAAUAUGAGAUGGAAUAACUUGCUGGAAGAGAUUGCUGAGCAGCUGCACUCCAGCAAGGCCCUCCUUCAACUUUGGCAGAGACACAAGGACUACUCCAAACAGUGCACUGCUACAGUUCAGCAGCAGGAGGACCGAACCAAUGAGCUCUUGAAGGCAGCCACUAACAAGGACAUUGCUGAUGACGAAGUUGCUACGUGGAUUCAGGAUUGCAAUGACCUCCUCAAAGGCCUGGGGACUGUUAAGGAUUCCCUUUUUGUUCUCCAUGAGCUGGGGGAGCAACUCAAGCAACAAGUGGAUGCUUCAGCAGCAGCAGCCAUUCAAUCUGAUCAGCUCUCUUUGAAUCAGCACAUAUGCGCCCUCGAACAGGCUCUCUGCAAACAGCAGUCUCUGUUGCAGGCUGGUGUUCUCGACUAUGAAACCUUUACCAAGAGUUUAGAAGUUUUAGAGGCCUGGAUAGUAGAAGCUGAAGAAAUACUCCAAGGGCAGGACCCUAGCCAUUCAUCUGACCUCUCCACCAUCCAAGAGCGGAUGGAAGAACUCAAGGGACAAAUGUUAAAAUUCAGCAGCAUGGCUCCAGACUUAGACCGUCUCAAUGAGCUUGGAUAUAGGUUACCCCUAAAUGAUAAGGAAAUCAAAAGGGUGCAGAGUCUGAACCGGCACUGGUCUCUGAUCUCCUCGCAGACUACAGAAAGAUUCAGUAAAUUGCAGUCAUUUUUACUACAACAUCAGACUUUCCUGGAAAAAUGUGAAACAUGGAUGGAAUUCCUGGUUCAAACAGAACAAAAAUUAGCAGUAGAGAUUUCAGGCAAUUAUCAGCAUCUUUUGGAACAGCAGAGAGCACAUGAGUUGUUUCAAGCAGAGAUGUUCAGCCGUCAGCAGAUUUUGCACUCGAUCAUUAUUGAUGGGCAGCAUCUUCUAGAACAAGGUCAAGUUGAUGACAGGGAUGAAUUCAACCUGAAGUUGACACUUCUCAGUAAUCAGUGGCAGGGAGUGAUUCGCAGGGCCCAGCAGAGGAGGGGCAUCAUCGACAGCCAGAUUCACCAGUGGCAGCGCUAUAGGGAGAUGGCAGAAAAGCUUCGGAAAUGGUUGGUUGAAGUGUCCUAUCUACCCACGAGUGGUCUCGGAAGUGUCCCAAUACCACUGCAACAAGCAAGGAACCUCUUUGAUGAAGUGCAGUUCAAAGAAAAAGUGUUCCUGCGACAGCAAGGCAGCUACAUCCUAACCGUGGAGGCUGGCAAGCAGCUCCUGCUCUCUGCUGACAAUGGGGCCGAGGCUGCCUUGCAAGCUGAGCUCACUGAAAUCCAAGAGAAAUGGAAAUCAGCCAGUAUAUGUCUGGAAGAACAGAAGAAAAAACUGGCCUUCUUGUUGAAAGACUGGGAAAAAUGUGAGAACGGAAUAGCUGAUUCUCUGGAGAAACUACGAACUUUCAAAAAGAAGCUUUCCCAACCUCUCCCUGAUCACCACGAAGAGCUCCAUGCGGAGCAAAUGCGUUGCAAGGAAUUGGAAAACACAGUUGGGAGCUGGACAGAUGACUUGGCGCAGCUGACACUGCUGAAGGACAGUCUGUGUGCAUACAUCAGUGCCGAUGAUAUCUCCAUCCUGAAUGAGCGCGUAGAGCUUCUGCAAAGACAGUGGGAAGAGCUGUGCCGCCAGCUCUCCUUGAGACGUCAGCAAGUAAGUGAGAGAUUGAAUGAAUGGGCCAUCUUCAGUGAGAAGAACAAGGAGCUUUGUGAAUGGCUGACUCAAAUGGAAAGCAAAGUUUCUCAGAAUGGGGACAUUCUCAUUGAAGAAAUGAUAGAGAAGCUCAAGAAGGAUUAUCAAGAGGAAAUUGCUGUUGCCCAAGAGAACAAAAUACAGCUCCAGCAAAUGGGAGAACGACUUGCUAGAGCCAGCCAUGAAAGUAAAGCAUCUGAGAUUGAAUACAAGCUCGGGAAGAUCAAUGACCGGUGGCAACACCUCCUGGAUCUCAUGGCCGCCAGGGUAAAGAAGCUGAAGGAGACCCUGGUCGCUGUACAGCAACUGGAUAAGAACAUGAGCAGCCUGAGGACGUGGCUGGCUCACAUCGAAUCAGAGCUGGCCAAGCCCAUCGUCUACGAUUCCUGUGACUCAGAAGAAAUACAGAAAAAGCUUAAUGAGCAGCAGGAGCUCCAGAGAGACAUAGAGAAACACAGCACGGGUGUGGCUUCUGUCCUCAACCUGUGUGAGGUCCUACUACAUGACUGUGAUGCUUGUGCCACAGACGCCGAGUGCGAUUCCAUCCAGCAGGCUACGCGGAACCUGGACCGGCGAUGGAGAAAUAUCUGUGCUAUGUCUAUGGAACGAAGGCUCAAAAUUGAAGAGACGUGGCGGUUGUGGCAGAAGUUUCUGGAUGACUAUUCUCGUUUUGAAGACUGGCUCAAGGUUUCGGAAAGGACAGCUGCCUUCCCCAGCUCUUCUGGGGUGCUCUAUACAGUUGCCAAGGAAGAACUAAAGAAAUUUGAGGCUUUCCAGAGACAGGUCCACGAGAGCCUGACCCAGCUAGAGCUCAUCAACAAGCAGUACCGCCGCCUGGCGAGAGAGAACCGCACGGAUUCUGCCUGUAGCCUGAAGCAGAUGGUUCACGAAGGCAACCAGAGAUGGGACGACCUGCAGAAGCGCGCCACCUCCAUCCUGCGCAGACUCAAGCAUUUCAUUGGUCAGCGUGAGGAGUUCGAAACUGCCCGGGACAGCAUUCUGGUGUGGCUGACGGAAAUGGACCUACAGCUCACGAAUAUUGAGCAUUUUUCCGAGUGUGAUGUUCAAGCUAAAAUAAAACAACUCAAGGCUUUCCAGCAGGAAAUUUCACUGAACCACGACAAGAUGGAGCAGAUCUUUGCCCAAGGAGAGCAGCUGAUAGAGAAGAGUGAGCCCCUGGAUGCGGCGGUCAUCGAGGAGGAGCUGGACGAGCUCCGGCGGUACCGCCAGGAGGUGUUCGGGCGCGUGGACAGAUACCAUGAGAAACUGACCCGCCUGCCUCUCCCAGAGGAUGAGCCCGACCUCUCCGACCGAGAGCCGGAGCUGGACGACUCCGCGGCGCUCUCGGACCUCCGCUGGCGCGACACCUCUGCGGACAGCGUGCUUUCCCCCCAGCCUUCCUCCAACCCCUCCCUCUCCCUCGCCCAGCCCCUGCGGAGUGAGCGGUCGGGACGAGACACCCCUGCCAGCGUGGACUCCAUCCCCCUGGAGUGGGACCAUGACUAUGACCUCAGUCGUGACCUGGAGUCAGCUGCGUCCAGGACUCUGCCCUCCGAGGAUGAAGAGGGGCAGGAAGAUAAAGAUUUCUACCUCCAGGGAGCUGUUGGCUUAUCAGAUAUACUGAUCCCUGAAAGUCCCGAGGCUUAUCUAAAACUCACAGAAAGUGCGAUCAGAAAUACCGCUGGGCACCCCAGCGUCUUAGAGUCACAGAUCCGACAACUAGACAAAGCCCUGGAUGACAGCCGCUUUCAGAUGCAGCAAACUGAAAAUAUCGUCCACAGCAAAAUUCCCACAGGACCAGAGCUAGACUCCAACUACAGAGGCUACAUGAAACUGCUGGGUGAAUGCAGCGGCAGUAUAGACUCAGUGAAGAGACUGGAGCACAAACUCCAGGAGGAAGAAGAGCAUUUUCCUGGCUUUGUGAACCUGAACAGUACUGAACCCCAAACAGCUGGUGUGAUUGACCGAUGGGAGCUCCUCCAGGCACAGGCCCUGAGCAAGGAGCUGAGAACGAAACAGAACCUCCAGAAGUGGCAGCAGUUCAUGUCUGACCUGAACAACAUCUGGACCUGGCUGGGGGAGACAGAGGAGGAGCUGGAGCAGCUACAGCGCCUGGAGCUCAGCACGGACAUCCAGUCCAUCGAGCUCCAGAUAAAAAAGCUCAAGGAGCUCCAGAGAGCUGUGGACCACCGCAAAGCCAUCAUCCUCUCCAUCAACCUGUGCAGCCCUGAGUUCACGCAGACGGGCAGCCAGCAGAGCAGGGACUUGCAGGACCGCUUGUCUCAGAUGAACAGCCGCUGGGACCGUGUGUGCUCCUUGCUGGAGGAGUGGCGGGGCCUGCUCCAGGAUGCGCUGAUGCAAUGCCAGGAUUUCCAUGAAAUGAGUCAUGGUUUGCUGCUUAUGCUGGAGAACAUUGACAGAAGGAAAAAUGAAAUUGUCCCUAUUGAUUCUAAUCUUGACUCAGAGAUACUUCAGGACCAUCACAAACAGCUGAUGCAAAUAAGGCAUGAGUUACUGGAAUCCCAGCUCAAAGUGGCCUCCCUGCAAGACAUGUCUUGCCAGCUGUUGGUGAAUGCUGAAGGCACAGACUGUUUGGAAGCCAAAGAAAAAGUCCAUGUGAUUGGAAAUCGGCGCAAACUUCUCUUGAAGGAGGUCAGUCGUCAUAUCAAGGAGCUGGAGAAAUUAUUAGACAUGUCAAGCAGCCAGCAGGAUUUGUCUUCCUGGUCUUCGGCCGAUGAACUGGACACCUCAGGGUCUGUGAGUCCUGCAUCGGGAAGAAGCACUCCGAACAGACAGAGAACGCCACGAGGCAAAUGUAGUCUCUCACAGCCUGGACCCUCUGUCAACAGUCCACAUAGCAGGUCCAGAAAAGGUGGCUCCGAUUCCUCCCUUUCUGAGCCGCGGCCGGUGCAGUCUGGCCGAGCCUUCCUGGUCAGAGUCCUCCGGGCGGCUCUUCCACUCCAGCUUCUCCUGCUGCUUCUCAUCGGGCUCGCCUGCCUUGUCCCAAUGUCAGAGGAAGACUACAGCUGUGCCCUUUCCAACAAUUUUGCCCGAUCAUUCCACCCCAUGCUCAGAUACACAAAUGGCCCGCCUCCACUCUGAACCAAGAAGGUGCCAUUUGUAGCAAAGCAGGAAGCCUAAGGAGGGCUGGGCCAGAUCAAUCCCAAACUAGCAAAACAAGGUCCUGAAUCUUGGCAGAUGCCCUCGGCAUGGCCGUCUCAGCUCUCCUCCGUAACCCGUGUGUGCCUGUCAAGGCUUCAGAGGCGACGGUAAACAGGAGAAGAGCAAACAGCCAACAGGAGGUUGGGAAGAAAUUUUAUUGGAAGCCCUGAGCCUCAGCACUAAAGAGACUAAGCACCUCCAACAUUCUCUGGACGUGUGAAUUCUGGGCCUUUGGCCCAUCCUACACAUACCCAAGGACUCCAGUAGGCCGUCUGGGCACCUUGCCCACAGAGCUGCCCCAUCCACUCAGUAAAGGACUCUCCCCUUGUGCCACGGUGGCAUCGGACAGUCUACCAAUCAGCCAACCAGUGCUGAAGUGGUUUUAGUACCUUGUAACAUACAAUUUUUAAGAGCUUCCAUGGCAGCUUCCUUUCUACCUUGUUUUUUUGGGGGGGUUGGGGGAAGGCAUGAUGUUCUAACCUUUGCUUUAGAAGCACAAGCUGUAAAUGUAAAAGGCACUUUUUUUAAAGGUGUAAAAAAACUGGAUGUAAUAAAUAAGAUAAUGAAAGGCUUUAUGUGGAAAAAAAGUUAUAGUUAAAAAUGAUAUUUAUGUAUGUACAGUUUGCUAAAGCCAAGUUUUGUUUGUAUUGAUUUCUUUGCAUUUAUUAUAGAUACUAUAAACUA